CCACGAGCCAAAUUUCCCCUCUGCUCCCCCUCGGUUUUGUUUCUUGGUUCGUUCGGCUCGCUUAUCUCGAUCUGGGAUCUCGACCUCCACUCGCACUCUCCGGGUCAUCCUGCCGCAAAGUCCAGUAGAUCCCGCCUUUCAAUAGCGUCAACGCCCACGCCCCCUUUUCCCACUCUCUUUCUCCUCUCAACACCACCAGCACCCAAUCACCACUAUCCCAGCAAGCCCAACCUGAGCAGCUACCACACUUUAUUGGGCGCCGUCCAAGCUCAGCAAUUCCGAGCAACCGGGUUAGCACGAAGGACGGGCUGAGGAAAGGAAAAAAUGCGAAAAGCAGCUCGACUCAAGCUUAAGCUCGAGAUCGUCAACAUGACCUGCCCAAGCGGGCUAGACAGGGUGGAAAAGAUGCUGCAUACAGGCAGGUGUUGGCGGUGCGGUGCGUACCCAGCUCGCCCAGGUGUUCGCCGACGACGACCCAUUGCAUGAUUAUGAUAAGUUCCAUUAGAUCGCGCUUUCUUGAUUCGAGAUGCCCACCACCACCAUCACAGUGGAGGGCGAGACUUCACGCUGCCAGGACCCAGGCGCUGCUUGCUUGCUGCUGCGUGCAUGAACCAGCCAGAUGGAAAGAAAGAAAGUCUGUCUUUCCACUACUGUACGCCGGAAUUUUUUUUAAAAUGACGGACCGCCCCAAAUCCAAUACCUAGAGCAAGCACCUAAAGCCAUCGAUUCUCCCGCAUCUGUAUCACACAUCCCUUCCUCUUCCAUCCUUUCUCUUUCCUUUUUUUCUUUUGACAGCGGCUCGAACACAGCACGCACGGUCUGCAGGCUGGCCAUAAGAAUAAUAAGAACCUGCUUGUCCCACCUAGUCACUCGACCUCUGCGUCUUCUCGGUCCCACGAUUCCGGAUCGACUACGCUACCGAUACCUAACCUAGAAGCUUUUCAUACAUUCGUUUGUUUGCUACCGACACGCCUGUGAGCCUCUGCAAAAAGUCGCGUGCGCGGAUGUGAUCGAUACAAGGCAGAAAUAUGUAUUUAGGGGUCACUCGCGGUGCUCAGGUCACGGGCGUGGCAGUCUGUUCGUUAUGCCUGACUUGGAUAUCCGUCACCCUGCGAUUCUAUGUACGAUUGGCUAUAUUGAAGUUUGUGGGGAGGGAGGAUUGGUUGACGAUUGCGGCGAUGAUCGUGUUCACCAUCUUCUGUUCCCUGUGUUUACGAGCAACGGUUUAUGGACUCGGCGCACAUAUGGAGAAUAUUGAGCCCGCGUCAUUAGAGACUGGAUUCAAGAUUGUAUUCAUUUGCGAACUCCUAUACGUCGUUGCAACAACAGUCACAAAAGUCGCCAUUGCCGCAUACUUCUUUCGACUCUCCAGUAAACGAUACCAGCGAGUUGUGAUAUACGUCACCCUCGCAGCAGUCAUGGUUUUCAGUACCAUGUAUUUCUUCUUUCUUAUGUUCCAAUGCAGUCCUAUCAACUACCUCUGGACGAAAUACAACGAAGACGGGAAAGGAACUUGCUUAAACAGCACUACUCUCUCAGCCGUCACCUACGCCCACUGCGCCAUGUCCGCCAUAACAGAUUGGUCAUUCGGAAUCCUCCCCAUCUUCUUCGUCUGGAAAAUGCAAAUGAACCCGCGCACCAAACUGUCCGUCAUCCUCAUCCUCUCCCUCGGAUUCUUCGCAAGCACCGCAACAAUCGUCCGCAUAGUCUACAUCAAAGCCCUCACCGAAACCGACGACUAUGCCUGGGAAGGCAUCAACCUCGUCAAAUGGUCCAUGGUCGAACCCGCCAUCGCCAUCACCGCCAUGAACAUCGCCACCCUCCGGCCCCUCUUCAAAAACUUCCUCUCCUCCUUCGCAUCCAAGCGCUUCGACCCCUCCUCCAUCGACAGCGACGAGACCCUCCGCCCCUCCAACGACAGCCGCAGCCACUUCGCGCGCCGCAACAGCGUCUCGGCAAAGGACUACAGCGUGGAAUUCGCGGAGCUGCUGGGUCUUAGUCGAGUGGGUGUCACGACGCAUAUCUCUGCUGGGGGCAGUCCCGAGGAGAGAGAUCAUUUUAGGAGGAGGUGGACUUUGGGGCUGGGGUUGGGAGGGGGGAGGAGUGCGGGGAGGAAGGCCGGCAGGAAGAGUUUUAUGGAUAGGGCGGCGGGCGGGGAGAAGCAGAGGUGUGAGAAUGAGAGUCAGACGGAACUGAAUAGUGUUGUUAGUGGGGAUACGGGGAUGGGUGCUCAUGAGCGGGGGCCGGCGGUGGUGGAUUGGAGGGCGGGGAUCAAGACUACGACUGUUAUCACGCAUGAGACGCAUUGAAAUAGCGUAUUGGAAAUUGAAGAUUGGUUUGACUUGCCUUGCCUUGGAUUGGUACGGCGCAGGGCGGCGCGGGUGUUGGUAUUGGAAUUGGUGUAUAGGGCUAUCUCGAGAUUGGGCGGGCGGGGCGUCAUCGCCUUGGAAGAGAGAGAAUUGGCAUUUGGAAUUUGAAAAUUUUGGAAAAUUUUGGAAAUGGACUGGAGCUGGAGUUUAUCCUACGCUUCUUCAUCAUCAUUAUGAGACGCGAGAGUUAUAUGAUUGGAGUACUGGAUUGGGUUUGGGGCGGUCAGGCGUUAGGUGUCGGAUCAUGGACUGUAUCUUCUGUAAUGAGUGAGGAGGAAGGUUGGGGGG